AUGAACACAGCAGGAGGUGUCCUAGCCCCAGCACCGACCAUGGAGUACAGCAGUGCCAAACCACAGCUCUCAUCCCGGGCCAAUGCAUUCUCCAUCGCUGCCCUUAUUUCAACUGGAAACUCCAAAGAGAAGGAAAUCCAGGAAAAUACCAUUAAACCCCUCGAGCAGUUUGUGGAGAAAUCCUCUUGCUCUCAGCCCUUGGGCGACCUGAGCAGCCUCGAACUCGGUGAUUACAGCGGCAGUGCAUCCCCAGUCUGUACUGAGCCUCUGAUCCCCACCACCCCGACCGUCCCCAGCGCCGAAAUGGCCAAGAUCAGCUGUAGCCUGGAAACCAAAGAGUUAUGGGACAAAUUUCAUGAACUGGGUACAGAGAUGAUCAUCACCAAAUCGGGCAGGAGAAUGUUCCCCACUAUCCGAGUCUCGCUGUCUGGGGUGGAUCCUGAAGCCAAGUACAUUGUGCUGAUGGAUAUUGUGUCAGUGGACAAUAAAAGAUAUCGUUACGCCUAUCAUCGCUCCUCGUGGCUGGUUGCUGGGAAAGCAGACCCGCCGCUCCCCGCAAGAUUAUAUGUACACCCUGACUGUCCAUUCACGGGUGAACAGCUUCUCAAACAAAUGGUCUCCUUUGAGAAAGUGAAGCUCACCAACAAUGAACUGGACCAACACGGCCAUAUUAUUUUAAACUCCAUGCAUAAAUACCAGCCCAGAGUUCACAUCAUUAAAAAGAAGGAUCACACCGCUUCUCUGGUCAACCUCAAAUCCGAAGAAUUCCGCACCUUCAUCUUCCCAGAGACGGUUUUUACUGCAGUCACCGCUUACCAGAACCAACUGAUCACCAAAUUAAAAAUCGACAGUAAUCCUUUCGCUAAAGGAUUCCGGGAUUCCUCCCGCCUGACUGACAUGGAGAGGUACUGUUUUCAGGAAGAAAGUGUGGAGAAUUUAAUCCAGAAACACACCUACGCUCGUUCACCAAUUCGGACAUACGGAGGAGAUGAUGAUGGUCUGGGAGAUGAGAGCCAAGCCACACAGACCAGAGGAUCAGCAUUUACAACUUCAGAUAACUUAACUCUCAGCACCUGGGUAGCAUCUUCCUCCAACUUCUCUGGUUUUCAGCACCCUCAGUCCCUCACUGCAAUUGCUACAAGCACGGCCUCAUUAGCCGCACCCAUUCCCCACCCUAUCCAGGGCUCACUCCCGCCAUACAGCCGCAUUGGAAUGCCUCUGACACCAUCGGCCAUUGCAAGCUCUAUGCAAGGAAGUGGACCAACGUUUCCUACGUUUCACAUGCCCAGGUAUCACCAUUAUUUCCAGCAAGGGCCGUAUGCUGCUAUCCAGGGACUGCGACACUCCUCAGCUGUAAUGACUCACUUUGUAUGAUUGACUCAAUAAUGGUGCAUUUCACACAAACGAAGCUGGCACUUGUGAAGGAUGCACAGAAGCCGUACAACAAGAACAUAGAGGCACAGUUGAAGCAACAGCUCCUGCAGGGCAAUGCCAAACAAAGUACAAGUUUCUGAGGGCAUUGCAGCAACUGGACUGCAAAUCCCAGGUUGCAUUGCAACAAGACUGGACUACAACCCCCAGCGUGCAUUGCAGCACAUGGACUAGAAUUCCCAUGCUACACUAUUACCAUUCAAGCCUCAGCAGCUGCAAUGUAUUACAAUCCCAUGGUGAAGAAGGCCAUUUGAUCAGGAUACAACUCCUGCCCAUCACCACCUCUGGGCCGGAAGGUCUGGGUUUAAGUCCCAGCUGUAACAGAGGUAGAUCACGAUAUGUAUGAACAGGUUGAUUAAAGUAACUACAGCUUCCCCCUCCCAACUGCUCCCACUGCAAUUCCUAAGGUUGCUAGGAAUGAAGUGCAAACAAUAUGCUGGCUUUCGAGCACCAAAUUUAAAUUGAUUUGCUGGAUAAGAGAUGCAUCAAUCCUCAGUGAUCGAGGACAGCAAUAGCUCUAGUCCCUGUAGGACAUUUCUGCAACGGUGACAGUAUUCUCUAUGUCAUGUCCCAGCGAAUCAUCUUGCCACCUGCACUGUAAGGCCCUGCAGCUGACAAACUGAAGCCUUACUGAGGGUCAGAGCAUGCAGCCACGUCUCAGAAACACCCAGUUUAGGAACCCAGUAGGAAACCUCACAGUCUCUCUGCAGUUUGCUGCAUUCAUCAUUUAAUAUCAUAACAUUUUUGUGAGCAUGUUCACUCUUACGUUUUUUUAAAAAACAAAAAAAAACCAUGCUGUGUUUUCUC